AUGAACUCAACAGCCAGUAUCCCGAAAAAGAGGCGCGUGGGGCGGCCCUCGAAACCUCUGUCUGAGUGCAAAUCCCGCCUACCUAAAACCAGCAAGACUCACGCAAGUGUCCCGCGCGAGGAAAAGCUCAAUGUCAUUCUGUAUAUUCUAGACAACCGCAAUUGGGUGCAUGAUUUCAGGCCACAUGUACGAAUAAGAGAAGGUCAAGAACGUGUGGGCGCUUGGCGUCCCCCGAACAAUCUCGAGGUCUCUCAAGCUUUCCACGGCAGGUAUUCACCGACGACGAUAGGAGACUGGUGGAAGAAAAGAGAGUUACUGAACGAGUCUCGGCCUCGUAGUCGGCGGUUAGCUAAAGGAACGAAAUUGCCAGAGAAGAUGAUGAGUACAACCGAAAGAGAAAGUACAGGCACCGCCCCUCCAGAUACAGCUGCCGUCAAUCAGGAAAAACAGGCCGCGGUCUCUCCCGUCCCGAGUCUUAGUAUUGCAAACAGAUUCGUCGUAUAUACAGCAGCUGCAAUGCCGGCUACCAUGAAUCCAUCCUGA